CCUCCGCGCAUGUAAACAGAGCUGUGAGGGGCCGCUGGCCCAUGUGCCGCGCGCUGAGGCCGGAGCGGCUCCGCGCUGGGAGCGGGGCGGCGCGGGGCUGAACGGCCUCCCCCAACCAGCGGUGCUGGGGGGAAGCGGCCGCGAGAGAGGCCGCGCGGGCCUGAGGCCCGGGACGAGGGGCCGCGCACAAAGAGCGGGGGAAAGCGCCGGGCUGAGGCCGGGCCGGCUGCCGGGGCGCCCGGCUCAGCGCCGCUCUCGACGCCUCGGUCCCCCCCGCGGGCAGCGGCCUGCGAGCGGCGCGGGGCCCCGAGCGGCUCAGACGGAACUCUGGCCCGCGGUGAGGAGAACCGCGACGGGCCGUUCCCCAGCGGCCGCCCCGGUGUCACUGGGCCCUCCCCGGGGUCCGGCCCCGACGCCCCCUCACAAAGGCGCGUGACGGGGCGGGGCGGCCGCCGCCCCCCCCCCCUCCCCCCGCCCAGGCCGGGGCGGACUCUUUUUCUCUCGCGCUCUAGCUCCUUGCUCCCCCCCCCCCACCUCACCCCCCUCCCGGCGGAGGCGCACGUCCCGUUCCAGCGGCGCUCGGCGGCCCAGCGGCUGUUGGAGGAUUGUUCGGAGCGGCGGCUGAGCGGCCCCCGGCCCGGGCCAUGGCCGAGUUCUUGCCCCCGCCCGAGUGCCCCGUCUUCGAGCCCAGCUGGGAGGAGUUCGCCGACCCCUUCGCCUUCAUCCACAAGAUCCGGCCCAUCGCCGAGCAGACCGGCAUCUGCAAGGUGCGGCCGCCGCCGGACUGGCAGCCUCCAUUUGCAUGUGAUGUCGAUAAGCUUCACUUUACACCGAGGAUCCAGAGGCUCAAUGAACUAGAGGCCCAAACUCGUGUAAAGCUGAAUUUCCUGGACCAGAUUGCAAAGUUUUGGGAGCUUCAAGGAUGUACACUAAAAAUUCCACAUGUGGAGAGGAAGAUCUUGGAUUUAUUUCAGCUUAAUAGACUAGUUGCAGAAGAAGGAGGAUUUGAUGUAGUUUGCAAGGAGAGAAAAUGGACCAAAAUAGCCACUAAGAUGGGAUUUGCUCCUGGCAAAGCUGUGGGUUCCCACAUCCGUGCACAUUACGAGCGCAUUCUCUAUCCUUACAACUUAUUCCAGUCUGGAGCAAGCCUAUUGUGCUUGCAGAAACCAGAUCUCACAAGUGACACAAAAGACAAGGAAUACAAGCCCCACGAUAUUCCUCAGAGGCAGUCGGUUCAGCCAUCAGAAACUUGUCCACCUGCUCGUCGAGCAAAACGCCUGAGAGCAGAGGCAACCAAUAUUAAAACUGAAUCUGAGCCUCCAGAAGCCAGAACUCAUAAUCUGAGACGUAGAAUGGGAUGUGCCCCUCCAAAGAGUGAAAAUGAAAAGGAAAUGCACAGCACAGUGAAACUUCCUGAGAAGAGAGAACAUGCUGGGGAGCCAGAGAAAGACAAAUCCAAAGUCCGAUCUAAGAAACCCACAAAUGCUGUGGAUUUGUAUGUGUGUCUCUUGUGUGGCAGUGGUAACGACGAGGACCGUCUCCUGUUGUGUGAUGGCUGUGAUGACAGUUACCACACUUUUUGUUUAAUUCCACCCCUUCAUGAUGUUCCCAAAGGAGACUGGAGGUGUCCCCAGUGUUUGGCUCAGGAGUGUAAUAAGCCUCAAGAAGCAUUUGGGUUUGAACAAGCAGCAAGAGACUACACGCUUCGCACGUUUGGAGAAAUGGCAGAUGCAUUCAAGUCAGACUACUUUAACAUGCCAGUACAUAUGGUCCCCACUGAGCUGGUUGAAAAAGAAUUCUGGAGACUUGUUAGUACCAUUGAAGAGGAUGUGACAGUAGAAUAUGGAGCUGAUAUUGCUUCGAAGGAAUUCGGCAGCGGCUUCCCAGUUAGGGGUGGGAAAUUUAAAGUUAGACCAGAGGAAGAGGAAUACCUUGAUAGUGGCUGGAAUUUAAACAACAUGCCUGUGAUGGAGCAGUCUGUUCUUGCUCACAUCACUGCAGACAUAUGUGGAAUGAAAUUACCCUGGCUAUAUGUAGGAAUGUGCUUUUCUUCAUUUUGUUGGCACAUAGAAGACCACUGGAGCUAUUCGAUUAACUAUCUGCAUUGGGGGGAGCCUAAAACGUGGUAUGGAGCCCCAGGGUAUGCAGCUGAACAGCUGGAGGAUGUAAUGAAGAAGCUUGCUCCAGAGCUAUUUGAAUCUCAGCCAGAUCUCUUGCACCAACUUGUCACCAUAAUGAACCCGAAUACUUUGAUGGCCCACGGAGUGCCUGUUUAUCGAACCAAUCAGUGUGCUGGGGAGUUUGUGAUCACCUUUCCAAGAGCUUAUCACAGUGGCUUCAACCAGGGUUUCAAUUUUGCUGAAGCUGUGAACUUCUGCACAGUUGAUUGGCUGCCGUUGGGUCGCCAGUGUGUGGAACAUUACCGGCUGCUGCACCGCUACUGCGUGUUCUCUCACGAUGAGAUGAUCUGUAAAAUGGCUUCCAAAGCAGAUGACCUGGACGUUGUGGUAGCAUCUACUGUUCAGAAAGACAUGGCUAUUAUGAUUGAAGAUGAGAAGAGGUUACGUGAGAAGGUUGAUAAACUGGGAGUGACUGAUGCAGAGAGAGUGGCUUUUGAGCUGUUUCCUGAUGACGAGCGACAGUGCUUGAAGUGUAAAACCACCUGCUUCAUGUCUGCUGUUUAUUGUCCAUGUAAACCUGGGUUACUGGUGUGCUUGUACCACGUCGAGGAUCUCUGUUCCUGUCCCUCCUACAAAUAUAAACUUGGGUACCGCUACACGCUGGAGGAGCUGUACCCGAUGAUGAACGCGCUCAAGAUGCGAGCGGAGUCGUACAACGAGUGGGCUUCCAACGUCAGCGAGGCUCUGGAGGCCAAAAUUAACAACAAAAAAAGUCUCAUCAGUUUCAAGUCUUUGAUAGAAGAAUCAGAAAUGAAAAAGUUUCCAGACAACGAUCUACUGCGACACCUCAGACUGGUGACACAGGAUGCAGACAAAUGUGCCUCGGUUGCACAGCAGCUUCUUAAUGGCAAAAGGCAAACCAGGUACCGCUCUGGAGGGGGGAAGUGUCAAAACCAACUGACUGUGAACGAGCUGCGGCUCUUCGUGAGGCAGCUCUAUGCUCUGCCCUGUGUCCUCAGUCAGACACCAUUACUGAAGGAUCUUCUUGAUCGUGUGGAAGCUUUUCAACAGCAAAGCCAAAAACUCCUUUCUGAGGAAAUGCCGAGUGCUGCAGAACUUCAGGAGCUGUUGGACGUCAGCUUUGACUUCGACGUCGACCUGCCCCAGCUGGCUGAGCUGCGGAUACGCCUGGAGCAGGCACGCUGGCUCGAGGACGUGCAGCUGGCUUCCUCAGACCAAAACUCACUCACUCUAGAUGAUAUGAGACGUCUCAUAGACUCAGGUGUCGGACUCGCUCCCUACCCGGCGGUUGAGAAAGCAAUGGCGAAGCUGCAGGAGCUCCUCACCGUGUCUGAGCACUGGGAUGACAAAGCCAGAAAUCUGAUAAAAGCCAGACCACGGCAGUCCCUGAGCAGUCUGGCGGCUGCAGUGAAGGAGAUGGAGGAGAUCCCAGCCUACCUCCCCAGCAGGGCUGCACUGAAGGACGCGGUGCAGAAGGCCAAAGACUGGCUGCAGGAGGUGGAAGCUCUGCAGGUUGGAGGACGUGUGCCCGUCCUGGACACGCUGGUGGAACUUGUCACGAGAGGCCGAUCCAUCCCAGUGCACCUGGACUACCUGCCACGGCUGGAGGCCUUGGUGUCAGAGGUUCAGGCCUGGAAGGAGUGUGCUGCUGGCACCUUCCUGUGUGAGAACUCUCCUUAUUCUCUGUUGGAGGUGCUGUGUCCACGCUGUGAUAUCGGGAUGCUGAAUCUGAAGAGAAAACAGAAGAAAUUGAAGGAGCCAGUGCCAAGUGGAAAGAAGAAAAGCACUAAGCUGGAGACUCUGAGUGACUUAGAAAGAGCACUCUCUGAGAGCAAAGACACUGCCUCUGCGAUGGCCACGCUGGGGGAAGCCCGCCUAAAGGAGAUGGAGGCCUUGCGUUCUCUGCGAGCAGCCAACGAAGUGAAGGUGCUGUCCGGGGAGGAGGACGCCGAGCUGAAAGUCUGCCUGUGCCAGAAGGAGCCGGCAGCUCCCAUGAUCCAGUGUGAGCUCUGCAGAGGGUUCUUCCACACGGGCUGCGUGUCGGUGCCCAGCGCUCCGCAGGGGCCCCGCGUGUGGCUGUGCCCACACUGCCGCCGCUCCGAGAAGCCGCCGCUAGAGAAGAUCCUGCCGCUGCUGGCGGCCCUGCAGCGCAUCCGCGUGCGGCUCCCCGAGGGGGACGCCCUGCGCUACAUGAUCGAGAGAACUGUGAACUGGCAGCACAGAGCACAACAAAUGUUGUAUUCAGGGAAUCUAAAACUCAUACAAGACAAAAUGGGCUCAGGAUUGUUGUACAACAGGUGGCAAGCCACAGCAGGCCAGUUGCCAGAGACAAACAAGGUUUCCCAGACAAUUGGAGCAAUGUCAUUCUCCAUGCCUCAUGACUGGGAUAACAGAACCAUAUAUUUACAUUCUCCAUUUUCUACAGGACAGCACUGCAUCCCACUUCAUGUCGUUAGCACAGAGCUGGAUGAGCUGAUGAUGGAAGCGCAGCUCCUGCAGGUUUCUCUGCCAGAAAUUCAGGAGCUGUACCAGAUCCUGUUCAUGAAGCAAAGCCCUGUCCCACAGGCAGAGCAGAGAUCAGCUGCUGGAGCAACAAGUGAAAAGAACGACUGCUGCCGAGGGAAAAAGGAUGGAAUUAGUUACAUGGAGAGAAAGCUAAAGCGGCGUUUGGAGAGAGAGAGCUUCUGUGAUGAGAAGAGAGCAAGAGUAAAAAAAAUGAGAACACCCAAAAAGAAGAAACUGAAACUGAAUCACUCCAAGGAUCUGUGCACUAACAAACUGGAGAGAGAGCGGGAGCGUCUCUUUGAGGUGCAGCGUUCCAGCGAAAGCCACCUGCUUCCCUCAGACAUGUCAUUCUCUGAGCAGGAGGACUCUGAGGAUGAGGAUGCCAUCUGCCCUGCUGUGAACUGCCUCCAGCCUGAGGGAGAUGAGGUGGAUUGGGUCCAGUGCGACGGCAGCUGCAACCAGUGGUUCCACCAGGUGUGUGUGGGCAUCACGCCAGAGAUGGCAGAGAAGGAGGACUACAUCUGCACCAGCUGCUCUGGGAAGGACUCGCAAUACCGGAAGUAAAACUCCCUGUAAAACCCUUGAGGACUCGAGGAAAGAAGGUUGAGUUUUCCAAUAAAGCCGCAGGGGCUGGUUUAAGAACCAGGUUGCAAAUGGUGCUACUCCUAUCCUUAUGGGAUCAUUUUCCAGACUCAAACAAACAAUUUUUUUGACACUUUUUGUAUUUUCUCCCUUGAGCUGUUUGUGGUUGUUGAGGUUUGAGAUGCUGACUGUUUGCAGGGGUUUCCACCAAUUGGAAGGCAUUUGACACACGCACCUUUUCUUGUACAGCAUUAAAUUACCUCUCUGGGAUUUACCAGCGUAUUUAAUUCAGCUUGGUUUAGGUGCAAAAACAAAACAAAACAAGCCUGCACCAUGAAUAUUUUUUUUCCCCAAUAAAUCCUCUUUUGAGGAAAUCCCUGUUUACUCUGUUUAACUCUUUGGAGACUUUAGGGUUUGGGUUUGUUUUUCCCCCACUUUGUUUUUCGUAGGUUAGGUUUAUUUAUCUGAGCAAUAACUUCUAUGUCUGGUUUUUCAGUGACUGGAAUGACAAUUCUGAAGAGCGUGUUGCUUCCUAGCAUUGGUUGAUGUACAGAAAGCAAAUGUUAGAGCCUAGUGUCACUGAUGGCCCAGUGAUGUAGAAGACAGGAAACAAAAAAACCAAUCUGUAAAGUAAUUGCCACAGCUGUAUUUUGGCUUUCUCCUUUUUUGGGUAGCUUGUAUCAAAUGUUGCAGUUUAUAUUGUGGAAUAAACCCCUGGUUAUGUUAUAAAAUUAAAUGUUGGUGUUUUUAGAGAGCUUGGAAUGCAGUUUCAUUUCCUCUGGAUCAAUACUGAUUGCCUUGGUACAUUCGAGUUUGGAGUGAGAGGCAGAUGAAAAUGUUAGUCACAAAGGGAAACUCUCUGCAGGUUGGGUGAAUAAAGGGUUGAACUACGAUUUGUGGUGGGGCAGGGGCAGGAACAGGGAGCUGGGGCGGCAAAGGGGAAGCAUUGGCCGUGGACAGAUCCCUUCAGCUGCCUCUGCUUGCAUUUAGUGUAACAUCCUGAGGAAUGAGGACAUGCCUGGAGUGGUUUUGAUUCUGUCAAAGGCUGUUUAGGGACCUUACUGCAGAGUAAGAAGGGGCAGCACAGGUGGUGCCUCUGAGAAGGAGACACCAUUUAAAGCCCACAAGGUGAGACUUCUGGAGACCUGUGUGUCAGAGAGAGCUCUCUCCUUACAACAUCCAGUCCUCACCAAAGAUGUGGCAACCCUGGUAUUCCCUCUGGUUGUUAUCCAGAGGAAUUUGCUGGUAAACUUGUCCCUGCUGGUCUCAGACCUUUCCCUGUGGGCAGAAGUGCACAGAGACACUGAGCACAGGGCAAAGCCUUCAAACCGUGUGUGACAUGGUGGAUCUCUGUGGAGUAGAAUUGGGCAGGAACUCAAUUUCCCAGGAGAUCAGCAUCUUUUCUGAACCUUGAGUAGGAUUUUUACUCUCAUGUUGACUUUUAAGAGAAUCUUCAUCCCGGCGUUUGACGUGAUGGGAGGGUGGGAAGACAACCUGACCACAUGCACAUUAGUUGAAGGAGUGUGUGCUUCUGUAGUGUGACUUGUCUCUUAUUUACUGUAAUCACCAAAAGAAUGGUUUAUGAUUUGAUUAUUUUUGUUGGAAGAAAUCUUUGUGCAAUGCUCAGGUAACAGUCCAAGCUAUGGAAAACACCUUUUAACUUCCUUUUAAAGGGAGCAGACGAACAAACUUGAAACAGAAAGAGUUUGCACAGUGUUUUGACCCAGAUGAAUUGUUCCUAAAGUUGCUCUCACAGCAUCUCUUUUAUUUUUGUCCCAUAGAAGAAACAGCUGUUCACCAAAAAGUGCCAGAGGAACUGGGUGCAAUGAAGUUCAGUGUGAUGGUUCAGUGUAGGACCACUGGAAGUUGUCAUUUUGUGGUCAGGUAUCUGUGUGGAUCUGCAGCCCUAGGUCUCUGCAGAAGGUUUCUUCUGAAGGUGGCCAAAGAGAUAUUUUUAGGCAGUUGUGUCAGCAUUAAGGGAAGGGGUUGGAAGUGGUGCUAGUUUUCUUCACACUCUCCUCCUUCACACCCAGACAACACAUACACAGUUCUUCUUGUCCACGGGCUGAAGCUGCUGCUGCCAUUGGUGCAGUUGGUGGUUGGCCCCAGCAGCCACCAGCAGAGACAAAGGUGCAGUGUAAAGUGGAGAAAAGAUGAGGAUUUGGUCUAAACUUCCUGUCUCAAACAGUAAAGUAACCCAGUGCUUCCCUUCUCAGCACCAUCCAGGUGGUGGUCUUUGCUGACAGCCAGGGUGAGAAGGCAGGAAAAGUCAUGCUAUCAGGGGAUUAAAACGAGUUCAGAUUCAGAAAGGAACGUCAUUUCUGAGGGGCAAUACAUCAGUCCCUAAUAUUUUAUAUACAUUUGGAAGUUGGGUACACAGACUGCUGAUUCAGGGAGUGCCAACGCUCCCUUCACAGCUGUGGAGUUGUGUGUUCCCUUGUGAAGCAGCACCGAGGGGAGAAAACCAACCCAAAUGUCAUCUUUGUGCAUUGUAGGACUUGAUGGUCAUUUGGUGCUCAGCCUCAAGGCUGUGUGGGAGGUAUCCAGUGCUGACAAAAUACACAUAUGUUCAAGGAAAUGAUGCAGUAACAGCACAGUUAAUUUUCCAGCUUGACACAAAGCUGUUGUGUUACAGCUGUGUGAUGCCUGCAGUGCUGUUGAGGUGUUAGUGCGCUUCACAGGGAAAAGAGGCUCCAGCUGUAGGGCAGAUCCCUGCCAGAGCAGAUCAAUAAGAGGAGCAAGGAUGAGCAUUUCAGCUGUUGUAUCUGCAGUAGGAGAUGUGUUUGUAAGACAUGGCUACACAUGGGAUUUGGGAAGGGGAAGCCUCCAGAAUACACACAUGGGCAGCAGCUACCUGGGAGCAUCAUGAAGGACUGAGAUGAUUUUAUGUGUGUGUGUGCUUGCCACCUGAAAUCUGUAUGAGCUGGGCAUCAAAAUAUGUAAGCAAUUCAUUAAAUGUAGUAAAACCAGUAGCUGCCCGUCGACAGAACAUGCAGUUUGCUCCAAGAGUGUCUCCAUCAGUCAGAGUUUGUUGAGGCCAACCCCAGUGUUAGGGAGUAUUUGGGCUACUUUGGUGUCUGUUGGGCUUUGGGGGUUUCACCUUGUUGCUGCCUGGAGUUGUAUUUUAACCAAGUUGGGGAUGGGUCAGACACGUACCGUGUAACAUCUCCAGCUGAUGCUGCAUCUGUUCCUUGUGCCAGGCUUGAUUUUCUCUUGGAAGAUUUGUGCUGGUUACAGCAGUCCCAUGUCAGCUACACCUCUGUCUUGGGGGUGUUCCUUGGCAAGGGUCUGCAGGGGAGCUGAAGGGAUAGCAUGCCUUGCCCACGAGUGGAAACAUCACAAGAGGAAACAAGGAGUUGAUAAGGAAAUAUCUUUUCCUGCCAAGAAAUAUAAUCUUUUUGUGGUGACUUAACUUUCUUCUGUGAAGCAUGUCAAAAGAAAAGGUGAAUGUCAGAACCCCUUCAGCUUUGAGGCAGAAUGUAGGGCACUGGCAAGGUGAGCUCUGGGUUUGCUGGCUUUGCAGGAUGCAUCUGUACACAAAGUGUUCAAAGAGACUGUGCAGUGUGCAAACCAGAAGGGAAUUCAAACAUGAAAGCACCUGGAAGACUCAAAUACAUCUAAUUCUGCACCUACAGAAGGACAGCUUGGAGCAUUGAGAGCAGUUAUAGGGUCACUUGAGCAAAAAAGAAGGGUGAGGGGCUAGAUAAGCAUUGCUAUUUCUGUGGUAUCUUGAGUUGUUCUUCCUAGUUGUAGAGAAAAUCUUGAACUUGAGUCACAAAAGUUACAUGUGUGAAUUACAGGAGCACUUGCCUGCAUCUCCCUUGACAAGAACAGUGAAAACUAUAUUGGUGGUGACUGGACACAUUCUCCAAGAGAAUGGCCUCCAGCUUAGGUCAGCAGAGCUGGCUUGGAAUAUGAUGAAAUACACAAAAAAAGUGAUGUGUGGAUGGGGAAAGGGUGUCUCCAGCAGAGGAACGUGACUUGUGCACAACUCAUGAGGUAUUCUUAAUUAUUUGAUAGCUUUAGGACAAGACUAAAAACCAAACACUCCUUGUGAUAGCACAUAUAUAUUUCCAGGUAAUCACUUGAUAACUCUGAAGUAGCUUUUGAGCAAAAAGUGGUCUGGGCAGGGAAAACAGUCCCUUGUUGGUGACCUGGAUAAUGACAGGCUUUCUCUGAAAAGUUCUCACAGGCUGGAAGGUGCCCAAGGUAGGGACCUGUAGGUAGGAGUAAAAAUGUGUUACCCAGCACAGGAUUUACCUGGGCUGAGCCCUGGAACUGGACUGUGUUUAUAUAUCAGUCACUGUCACAGUGCCAGGGGUCAUUAAUGACUGAAGAGACACUCAGUUCAGAAAAAUCACCAGGAGCCCCACACUCCAGACCAGCUGGGACCUACUGCCAGCACCAUGCCAAAAUGCAACUCCAUCCUCAUCCUUCCUGUAAGAAGCCCAUUUUGUAUGUGUUAAUACUGCUUUUUGGUACCUGUAAUGAUU